AUGGGUUACAACCAUUCUGUGUUUGACGGUACUGGAGCCGGUAAUGUCCUCGAAAUACUGGCCGACUGUUGCCGUGCCGAUCCAGCUAGCAUCGUCUCUCUACCCACCACUGGCGGCAUCGAGUCCGAACUGCGCGGGCUGCUGUCCGAUCCUGGUGUUGCUGUUGCGAAUCCUUGCCAGGCAGCGUAUGCCAUCAACUGUGCACACACAGAAGUAGAACCCGAAUCUUUCCCCGCUAUGCUGUGCAGUUGGCCGUUCCUAUUGUCUUCCGAGAAAAUCAAAUGUCUGCGAGAAGCAUGUAACAGCCUUUUACCAUAUCUUGUACGCACGUACAGGGGCUCCCAAAGCUCGAUGAUCUACCCGGACCCGAACUGGCCACAGAUUCUCUCUAGCAACGACGUGUUGACCGCAUUGCUUGCGGUAAGUGUUGAGAAAGCCAGGGAAGCAACGGGGGCCCAGGAACAUAUGAGCAGUAGCCUUGCGAUGGCUGUGAAUCUCCGAGAACGAUUGAAGCCCAUGCCGAGGCAUUAUCUUGGAAACUUAGUGACCACUGUAUGGGCGUCUCAUCAUCGACCAGCCGAAAAGGACCCGGAGACCAUGGUUUCACCUGUCCCAGCAUGUAAUCAUCCUGAAAUCGACCGAGAUGAUCUCCUUUGGAUUGCCCACGUGGCUUUCCGUAUCCGGCUUGGGCUGAACGCUGUCAACGAAGAGCAUAUCCGCGGGCUCCUUCACUACCUGCACAGUCAGGAUGAUUGGGAGCAAAUUGGCAUUCACUUCACUGACCCCAUAUUCAUCAGCAGCUGGCGGCAUCUGAAAGUUUACGAGCUCGACUUCGGUCCAGGCAUUGGGCAUGUCGAGAACUUUGAAAUGGAUGUCGGAACCACGGAUGGCGUAUGCGUUGUUAUGCCAGCUAAUAAACGGGCUGUCGGAAAGACCGAGAAGGCUCCAUGGGACAUUCGCAUUGUCUUGAAUUCAGAUGUCAUGGAAGCCUUGAUCACUGACACACUCUUUGGUUGGCCUAUGGUGAGGGAUGCUUCCAAGUAA